AUGCUUCGAACCCCACAUUGGUACGAUUCACAUGUCGCUAAGUUCCCUCUCUUUGCAUCACCCUUCUCUUCUCACAAUGGCUCUUCAUGUACUGUAGCUUCUCCUGUCCUUGACAUGGGAUUGAAGUUGAUUAAACAAGUAUCGGGUAGCAAUCAGCAAGGAAUUGCGAAGACCCAGGAUUGUGUCAAGCAUAGAACAGCUAAUGUUUACGGUCAGCGUGCUCAAGAACGCGUACUUGAGGACGAGGCCCCCCAAAUGUCAGAGACCAGUCCAUCAUGGAAAACUUUUCCAGGUCAAGCUUUUCCGCUGGGUGUAUCAGAAGUUGACAGUGGGACUAAUUUUGCUAUCUUUUCACAGCAUGCAACUGCUGUCACACUUUGCUUAUCACUUCCAGAGAGGCUUGGAAGGGUGGAUGGUGGAAUGAUGGAGUUCUCUUUGGAUCGUAAUGUAAACAAGACAGGUGACAUUUGGCACAUAUGUAUCAAGGAUUUGCCCCGGAGCAAUGUUCUCUAUGGUUAUCGUAUGGAUGGGCCACGAGGUUGGCAUGAGGGGCAUCGAUUUGACAGCAGAGUUGUGCUUAUAGAUCCUUACGCAAAGCUGGUUGAUGGCCGCCGGUUUUUUGGAGAUAGCAGCAAAAAGUUUUCUAAGUUUCUUGGAACUUAUGAUUUUGAUAGCUUGCCUUUUGCUUGGGGAGACAACUACAAGCUCCCAAAUAUACCUGAGAAGGAUCUUGUUAUAUAUGAAAUGAACGUUCGUGCAUUUACGGCCUCUGAAUCCAGUGGUCUGGAUCCAGAUAUUCGUGGUAGCUACCUUGGUGUGAUUGAGAAGAUUCCACACCUUCAAGAGCUUGGUAUCAAUGCAGUGGAGUUGCUGCCUGUCUUUGAAUUUGAUGAGUUUGAGUUUCAGAGGCGACCAAAUCCUAGAGAUCACAUGAUAAAUACAUGGGGCUACUCAACAAUAAAUUUCUUUGCUCCUAUGAGCCGCUAUGCUAGUGAUGGUGGAGGACCCCUUAAAGCUUCCCAGGAAUUUAAACAAAUGGUUAAAGCCUUGCAUGGUGCUGGGAUAGAGGUCAUUUUGGAUGUUGUCUAUAAUCAUACUAAUGAAGCUGAUGACGCCAACCCUUAUACCACUUCAUUUCGUGGCAUAGAUAAUAAGGUUUAUUACAUGCUGGACCUAAACAACAAUGGCCAAUUACUGAACUUCUCUGGCUGCGGGAACACAUUAAACUGUAACCAUCCCGUUGUCAUGGAGCUCGUAAUAGAUAGCUUAAGACACUGGGUCACUGAAUAUCAUGUGGAUGGAUUUAGAUUUGACCUUGCCAGUGUUCUUUGUCGGGGAUCAGAUGGAAGUCCGCUUAGUGCACCACCAGUUAUUAGGGCUAUUGCAAAAGAUUCCAUCCUAUCAAGAUGUAAAAUUAUUUCCGAACCUUGGGACUGUGGAGGCCUUUAUCUCGUUGGAAGAUUUCCAAAUUGGGACAGGUGGGCAGAAUGGAAUGGUAAAUACCGUGACGACUUAAGGAGAUUUAUAAAGGGCGACUCUGGUAUGAAAGGAAGUUUUGCAACUCGUGUUUCUGGAUCUGCUGAUCUUUACAAAGUGAAUAAGCGCAAGCCUUAUCACAGUGUUAAUUUUGUUAUCGCGCAUGAUGGGUUCACACUAUAUGAUCUUGUUUCAUACAAUUUCAAGCACAAUGAUGCUAAUGGAGAAGGAGGAAAUGAUGGAAGUAAUGAUAAUUUGAGCUGGAAUUGUGGUUAUGAAGGAGAAACUGAUGAUUCUACUGUUAAAGCUAUACGUUCCCGACAAAUGAAAAACUUUCAUUUGGCAUUGAUGAUAUCUCAGGGGACACCAAUGAUGCUGAUGGGGGAUGAAUAUGGGCAUAGUCGAAAUGGAAAUAACAACAGUUAUGGACAUGAUGCCGCUAUUAACCAUUUCCAGUGGGGACUGUUGGAGGCACGCAACAGCAAUCACUUCAGGUUUUUCAAAGAGGUGAUAAAAUUUCGACAAACACAUCGUGUAUUUGGUCGUGAUACAUUUCUUGAGAAAAAUGACGUGACAUGGCAUGAAGACAACUGGCACAAUUAUGAAAGCAAAUUCCUUGCAUUUACGUUUCAUGACAAUAAUGGAGGAGACGUCUAUAUGGCAUUCAAUGCUCAUGACUAUUUUAUUAAGGUUCCAAUACCCGCAGCACCAGUAAAGAGGAGAUGGUUUCGUGUGGUGGACACUAAUCUUGAGUCUCCCAAUGACUUCGUGCUUGACGGCGUCCCAGGCGUCAAAAGCACAUAUAACAUGGCCCCCUACUCCUCAAUUCUUCUUGAAGCAAAAUGA